AUGGCAGAUCUUACAACCAUGAAGCAUGAUGGCACAAGGUCUAUGCAUGAACAUUGCAUUGAAAUGAUUGACCUUGCGGCUAAGCUGAAGAAUUUGGGACUUAGUGUGGAUGAUUCUUUUCUUGUCCAGUUUAUCCUGAAUUCUUUGCCUCCUCAGUAUGGACCAUUUCAGAUCAAUUACAACGCCAUUGAUGAAAAAUGGACGUCUAAUGAAUUGACUAGUAAGUUGGUUCAAGAGGAGUCUAAGCUUGACCGUGAAGGCAUUAGGAUUGCCCAUCAUGUCCAAGAAGCUAAAUCUAAAACCGGAAAAAAUGGCAUUAAUAAUGAUGAAAUAAACUUAAUGGUUAAGAAUGAAGUUUGGGACAUUGUUCCAUUGCCUGAAGGACACAAAGCAGUUGGGUUACAAGAGGAACCAGCAUUAAGAAGACCAACUCGUGAGAGGAGAUCUGCUAUUUCUGAUGACUACAUGCUUUAUCUCAUAGAAUCUGGGGGAGGGAGCAUUAAAGACCCGGUUUCUUAUUCACAAGCCAUGACAGAUGUUAAUUCUGAUAAAUGGAUUGAUGCCAGUAAUGAUGAAAUAGACUCAAUGGUUAAGAAUGAAGUUUGGGACAUUGUUCCAUUGCCUGAAGGACACAAAGCAGUUGGGUGUAAGUGGAUCUUUAAGACCAAACUUGACUGUAAGGCAAUGUUGAACGAUAUAAAGCCAGACUUGUAG